CUCGAUACAGAACGUCCCAUCACUACUGCUUAGCCAACGCGUGGCUGCCAUCUAGUGGUAAGGCUCUUAUUGUGAAGGUGAGAGCUGUCCGGAAGCCACGGCCUCAUUGUGAACGCGGCCAACAGCUUCAAACGGAUCCAUCAUGGCGGAGAAAGAGAGUGAAAUUUCCCGCAGCUUUCCCCAGACUCAGAACAAGUGGAACCAGCCAGUUCUGGAGAGACUGCAGCAGGGUCGCGGAAGAGGACGGCCAGGUCCCAGGCGACCGAGCAGAAGACAGACCGGCGGCCGUAGGUGGCCGACUUCAGAGUCCCCAAACCAGAGGCAGUGUGGCGGGAACGAGCCCCGUAGAUGUCGAGAAGCACCGACAGACAACAAAAAAGCAGAAUUUCCCAAAGUGAACUUGGUGGAAAGGAUGCCGUCUGAGAUUCUGCACAAGAUUCUGUCGUACCUGGACGUGUCCUCGCUGUUCUGCAUCAGCCACGUCAGCAAGCUCUUCUACCAGCUCACCAAUGACGACGUCUUGUGGUACAGGAUCUACAUGUCAGAGUUUGGGUGGAAGCCAAAAGCGGCGGGCAACGUGGCGGUGAAGAUGGAGCCAGCGGAGGAUCGAUCGACGAGCUGCUGGAAGUGGAUGUACUUCAGGAUGAUAACUGGGCGAGAGAUGAUCAAGUGGAGAGGAGAGCUGAGAGACAUCGGCCCAUUCACCGGCCUGCCCCAGCAGACUGAGUGGGUGCUCAGGAACCUGAAUGUGAGCUGGGAGCUGAUGCUGCACACUCACUGGGGUCAGGUGGUCGUGCUGGAGCAGACCCGAGGGCACUACUUCGAGUCCUCCAUGAUUGUCCACUGGAGCGGAGGCCGCCUUCCAUCCUACCAAGACAUCAACAGCAUCCAGCUCUACGGAGUCAGGAAGGAGAAGCUGGCCUGGCGCUCUCUGAUUUUAAACCUGGAUAUGAGGACCCAUCCGUAUGAGCUCACUGGCAAAGACGGACAGAUCAGGCUUGCGUGUCUGUCGCCGGGAGUCGUCAUCGGCUUCUGGAGGGGUCGGGGCAACAUAGCCUUCAUCAUGAUCAACCUGCACUUCCACAAGCUGGUGGAGAAGAUUCUGCUGGGAUCUCCAGUCUGCCCAUAUUCCGAACCUUUGGACCCGCCCCCCGUGGACGACCGUGACCCUAAAUUUGGUCUCCACGGCUACACUCUGCACUUCGUCCUGCACAAUACCAGGACCCAGAUCAUGUCGGGACACUUUUGCCAGCUCUCCUGCAGCACAAUUCAACAGGGACUUGCUGAAAUGAAGGUCAUCAGCAGGACUAAUGUGUCCCAGCACCGAUCACUGUCUGGAAGCAUCCGUGUGCCCUGGAAGUGGGAGAAGCUGGAAGGCUCGGUAGAGAACUGCUGCGUCAUGACGUUGACCCUGCUGGACGAGUUCCAGAAACCCUUCUGGUGCGUCAGCACCCCGGUUACCAUCUCCGUGGUGAAGAAGUCGCAGUCGUUGGGCUACAGCGGCACCAACUUCCUGAUGGUGUACCGCAGCUCUGAGGGGCAGGUGAAGAUGAAACUGGUCCGGCUGAAAGAGCAGCAGCAGUUCUUCCUCGUCGGCCUCACGCUCUACGUCUCCAUCCUCAAAGUCAACGCUCACUUCAGCACCAAGUACAAAAGCUGAACUGGUCCAGUUUCACAUGUUUGUCUGUUUUGAAUUAAUUUCAGAGAAGAGAUUCUGGUGUUAAUUUUAUUCAUUGAGACUGUGAGUGCUUUUGUUCUGGCCUAUGGUUUGACGCACAGUCAUGUGACAGGAUCUCAUGUGUAGAAUAAACUGCACAUUUAUUUCAUUGGAAUUGUGUUUUUUGAGAAGCACUUUGCAGAUUAAAUAUAAUUUACAUUAAAA